UAAAAAAAAUUUGACCAAAGGUGUCUGUUUCCAUGGAAACCGGCGCCCCGCCUGGGCCUCUGGGCAAGGCACUACAGCCUUCAGGCCUGAGCUGGAUUCCACCGGGAGAAAGAUCCAGAACAUGAUGGAAACAUAAUCUGGAGGGUCAAAGGUCAGCGGAGGAAUCCUGGAGCACCGUGCGAAACGCUCCAAAUUCAUCCUGGAGACCCAAACCAGCAGCUGGGAUCAGAACCAGAACAUCCACAACCUAAAGCAAGCUGAAACCAGCCCACAUCACCAGACCUCCACCACCGUGCUGCAGGAGAUGACCUUUGACCCUUCCCAGGGUCACUCUGAGGUCAUCGCUGAUUUCUGUCUAAUGCUGACAAACGUCUGUCAGCGGCAGAGCCACGCUCUGGAUCCGCUGCAGCGGGUCGGGUCGGGUCGGCGGUUCUUCCUGGUGAACCAGCAGUUUCUGGAUCUGGUUCCUGUUGGGCAGAAUCUGAUCCGGUUUGAAGUUGUGUUUCUGGAUUAGAGCCUUUAAUCUGCCUCUCAGAUCCAGCAGGGAUUAUUCCUGGAUUUGUUGCCGCUGCUCUCCAGGACGGGCCUGUGUUGCUGCUCCCGUGUUGCUGCUCCCGUGUUGCUGCGUUGCCAUGCGAAGCUCCGCUGACCUCGUUAACGCUCUGUUGACACAACGCCGGGUUUUCAUCUGCUGUCAGACGGAGCAGCUGGAUCAGAGCAGCAGGCAGGCAGACGCCUCACAGCCAGCUGCUGCUGCUGCUGCUGCUGCAACAUGUUGCUGCAGCAGGGGAAGGCCGGGGGAACGGAGGAAGUGGAUAAGCCUCUGAGCUGCAGCUGAUCUGGUUUGUUGAACUGGUUAAUCAGAUCAGCAGCGGUUGGAUUGGGUUCCUGCUGGUUCCCUGCAGGAGGAGAAGGAAGCGCCUGGCGUGACCUUUGACCCAGAGUCACCACCAGGUCAGGGCGACCUGCGGGGAAGCAGAGCAGCUCUGGUUGGUGGUGAAUCCUCUGCUGCUCUUCAGGCUCCUUCAGACGUUAGCGGCUAGCUUUAGCUGAUUUGCAGCAGGAAGUUUCUCCACCUGAAGAUCGGCAGUUUCCUGCUUCCUGUUUCCUGUUUCCUGCUUCCUGCAGAAGAAACCAUUCGACUGGAUUUCACUUCACCUGACCUGGACUGACCUGGGAACCAUCAGCAGCAGGAGGAACGAGACGAAACGACAAGAAGAGACUAAAAACCACAAAAGACCCAAAACCAAAGAAAUCAACUUGACACGUAUCCAUGGCAACAGAGUUACAGCCAGAACUUCCUGUCUCAGCAACGUGUUGAGUUGCUGCUUUCAGUAGAUCCUUAGAAAACAACCUGGAGGAGCAACAUGACAGAGACAGGAAUCCAUCCGUCAGUCAGUCAGUCAGUCAGUCAGUCAGUCAGUCAGUCAGUCAGUCAGUCAGUUAGUUUCUGGCCUUACAGUCUAACUACAGUGAGUUGUUGAUUUGCCUCUGGGUUUCUGUAGGAGGGGAGAACUGGGAGAACUGGGAGCCUCUCCUCUGGUUCAGCUCUUUUUUCUCCAGCAUUUUGUGAUUUUCUGGUUCAGAACCAGCAGGUCCAGACCAUCUACAGAAAGCGUCAUGAAGAUGGUUUGCGAUCCUGUGUGUGUGUGUGUGUGUGUGUGUGUGUGUUCUGGUGCAGGAGAGCGUGACGUGUGUAAAUCUGCUUGUUUGAUGGUCUCCUGGUGUGUGUGUGUGUGUGUGUUCCUCCCUGACCUGUCAGGCUGCAUAUGCUCAGCCAUCGCUCCAGUGGAUAAGAGGAUUACAGCUUUCCUCGUUCCCAGCUGCUCCAUCUGAAGGAACCGGCUGCAGCUCAGGUUCUGGUUCAGGUCUGGUGGCUGGGUCUAAUUCCUGGAACCCUCAUAGAUUAGUGAACAUUGAGGUCAGUGACCAGCUGAGUGGAUUACCCUGCAGUGGUAGGAAACAGUAGAAAGGAGCUGAAAGCAUCUUUGUUGAGCAGUAAUUCCUGAAUGCUCCAGGUUUCUGUAAACUCUUUUAGAAAAUAGGAUUUGUGGAGCAGAUUAAAAGUUUGUUUUGGAAAUAUUAGAUGUCCUGAUGUGAACUCUGAACUCCACCCAAACCAACAUGGCGGCAUGAGCAGCUAGCAUGCAGCGUUUCCAGAAAGCUAGCUGGUUUUUUAAUCAUCUAAUUAUGAAUUCAGAUCUGUGGCUCUUUGGUUGAUCAACGCAGCAAAAACACAAAUUAUUAAUAAACUUCAGAUGCUGAAGCAACGUUUUCAUUAUAGCUUCUUCAGAUGGAAAUAUAGUUUUUUAUUUCUUACUGAUUCUGUUUCCAUGUUUGAACAGAAUAAAAACCAGCCGAAUUAAACCUGGUUAUACAAUAACAUGGUGCAGAAAUAUUCAUAUUAAUGUUAAUAUUAGUAAUAUGAAUAUUUCUGCUGCAGUCAAUCUGCUCUGGUUUUCACGUCUCACACCGACAGGCAUUCCUGUGGAAACGUCCAGAAAUAAUCUCUGCUGUUUGUUUUGCUUGGGGAGCGCUAGCGCCCCCUGUGGGACGUUCAGGCCGGAGGAGGUGAUGGUUAGCGGACGGACAGAAGGACAGACAGACGGACGGACGGCGGCAUGAUGCUGUGGCUGCUGUUCUUUCUGCUUCCUCUGGGGGGCAGCAGCAGUGAGGAAGGCGCUCACAAGGCCAAACUCGACAACGCAGACCCCGGGGCCCCUGGGACCUCCGCAACCUCCAGGCCUCAGAUCUACUACUGCCGCUCCCCCAACAUGGAGGACUUCACCUGCUGGUGGCGCCCGGUGGACCAGCAGGCCGUCUACGUCCUGACCUACUCCAAAGAUACGGGACCCCAACUGGAGUGUCCAGAUUACACGUCCGGCGGUCUCCACAGCUGCUACUUCGACAAGAGCCACACAUCCAUCUGGAAGUACUACUGCAUGACGGUGACGGCCAUGACGCCCCACAGGAACUACACGUCCCAGCAGCACUGCCUGGACGUGGCAGAGAUCGUGGAGACGGAGGCUCCGGUCAACCUGAGCUCCUCCCUGAGGGACGCCGGCGGCGACGAGGCGGGCCACAGCGCGCUGCUGUCCUGGACGUACCCGGCUCCUGAGGACCUGCGCUACGGCUGGAUCACUCUGGUGUACGAGCUGCAGUACCGACGCAUCGGCGAGGACGACAACUGGAAGGCAAAGCAUCCUCUGCGGGAGGCCCAUGUGGAGCUGCUCGGCCUGCGACCCGGCGACUACGUGGUUCGGGUCCGCUGCCGCUCCCACAACUCCCGGCUGUGGAGCAAAUGGAGCGCCGCGCUGCUCGUGAGCGUCCCCAACAGGCCGCCUGCAGGUAAAGUCCUGGUUCUGGUUCUGGUGGUGGGAGUGGGAGCCGUGGCUCUGCUGGUCGUCGCCUUCGGGGUGAUUCCUCAGAGCAGGAGAAUAAAAGACUACUUCCUGCCGCCCAUUCCCAAGCCACGGAUCAUGGGCAUUGACCCUCUGCUUCUGAAGAAGGGGAACUUUGAUGAAAUCAACCGUCACUUCAGUAACUUCCAUGGCUACCGGCCUCCCGGUUACUCGGUGGAGUUGUGGGACCAGGUGAGCGCUGACGGGAUCUACCUGAGCGCGCCGCGGGACUGCGGCGUCCUGGACAGAGACAGGGGAACGGCGGUCGCCAUCCAGAACAUGUUUCCCGUCCAGAACUCGUCGUUGUACGUCCGCGGCGCGCCGCCAUACUGUGCCGUGCCGCCCGAGGCCUUCGCUGCGCUGCAGGACGCGGCGUCUCCGUGGCAACAGCCCGAGGCGGCAUUCGUUCCCGGGUCAGACUACAGCACGAUGGAGCGCCUCGGUGUUCCCGACGCCUCCGUCUCCGCUCCAGAUCCGGCCCGCGCUCCGGUCCAGGACUUCUACACCUGCGUCCAGCUGAUGAGGGACAGCGGCGAGGUCCACUUGGUGCCGUGUCUGCCGGCGCCGUACUGCCAGGACUUCCUGCUGCCCCCGGUUCCGGACGCCGCCAAGCGAGAGGAGGAGGAGAAGAAGAGCAAGAGGCUGGCCGAGUACCAGGCCCGGAAGAACGCAACGAAGGAUGACGGCGACGACAGGAGCGACGCCGCCGACCCACUGCUGCCCGUCAGCCCGGAUGACACCAGCUAGAGGAUCAGAGACCGGUUCUGAUCCGAUGUUCUGAUCCGCUCUGUUUUUGCUAACCCUGUUAGCGAAAGCUCAGACUGCAUUGGAAACUGUUGGCAGCCAUGUUUACUGUUGGUGUGAACAACACAAUUAUUGACCAAUUCAUGUUUCAACCAACUAGAAGUUUAUAACGAGACAUUGAACUGGUUCUGGUUCUGGUUCUGGUUCUGGUCACAUCCACCAGUCACUCCACCCAGGAGGAGCUGGACUUCCUGAACUCUUCUUCUUUGUUUUAAUGGCAGUUGGCUUUAACUAUAGGAAGUAUUAACGCCACCUACUGGUCAGGAGUGUGGACUACAUCGCCGUGAACUCUGGGUACUGUAGUCCAUUUGAAAUGGGCCAGGAUACUUCAGGGUUUCAAGCUACGUCUUUCUCAGGAAACAGGAAGUGGUGGCGCUGGUCGGAGAGGGUUCUGGUUCUCUACGUCCAAAACCUCCUGGGUUUAUUUCCCGUUGUUUCGCUCACACUUUGCUCUGAUAAAACCUCAUUUUAUUCCCACUUCACUCUUCAGAAGCACUCACUCCUUAAUGAUCCAUGUGCAGGGACUUGAAUCGGUGAUUAC